UUUACGGCAUUAUUACUCACAUCACGGCCAUGACAGGUAUGGCAGAAAAAAUGGAUCUGUCGUGAGUGAGGAGAAAAGUGUAAUAAAACCCUUCUGAACUGUGAUAGAAUUGUAAAUAUUAGUGGAAAAUGAGCACAAGAUUGAGACAAGACGUCAAAUCUGUGUUUGAAUUCUGGUGUGAAAUUGUGCCGCAGUGGAACAACAAUGUGGAGAAGACCAGCAACUGUGCACGCAUCAUUGAGUGCUAUCCUGAGGCAGCGGUGGACGAGAAGGUCCUCAAUGAUAUCACGCAAUUCGUGUUUCCAUAUCAAAUCAAGAGCACCAGCAACCAAGUCCAGACCUACUCCUUUGUACUCACGAACGCUGACUCCAAGUGGAGCUUCGGAUUCUGCCGCCACGAGCCCAACUCCGAAGUGGCCACCGUGAUAUUCUCCUACCUUCCCUGGCACGAUGUGUUCCUCAAGCUGAUCAAUGUGUGCGCGGAUCUCAAGAAGGAGAGCGGCGCUGAGCUCCGGAAGUUCCUGCGCAGCAUCCACACCAAUGGCAUUCCCGAGCCCGGAGCUGCAGUGAACAUCCCCUAUGGCCGAGGAUCAACCGUCUUCCAACUCCGGGCGCCCACGCUCUUCUCACUCCCGAGCAUUCCUGAAAAUCACAACAUGAAUAUGUACUACAACUUCGUACAUCCGGAGAGCAUGAUUGAGAUUUUCGCGGCGAUGCUGACAGAGCGGCGGAUCAUCUUCAUGUCGCGCCAGCUCGACGCCUUGACGUCCUGCGUUCAGGCCGCCAAAGACUUCAUCUAUCCCAUGAUUUGGCAGCAUCUCUUCAUACCUAUUCUGCCACUCAAGAUGAAAGACUUCCUGAUGGCGCCCAUGCCCUACUUAAUUGGCAUCCCCGAGGCUAUUUGGAAAUAUAUAAGACAAGAUGAACUUGGCGAAGUGGUUAUCUACAAUUGCGAUACGAAAGUCUUCGAAGCAACGUACAAUGACACAAAGAGUCUUCCACACGAACUGGUGUCUGGCCUGAAGAAGAAGUUGGAGAAGAAAAAUCUCCGCGGUGAUGACCUGAGCAAAGCCUUCCUCGGUGUCAUUGUGCAGCUGAUCGGGAGUUACAGGGAUGCGGUGAAGUUCAGCCAGUCGGCGCAGGGGAGGAAAAUCAUCUGGGAUGCCGAGGCGUUUGUGGAGUCGCGCCCAAUGGCGCUGCGGCCAUUUCUGCGGAAGAUGCUGCAGCUGCAGAUCUUCCAGCAGUUCAUCGAGGACAAACUCGAGGCACUGAACACGGGCCUCGGGUAUUCGGAUGAAUUUGAGCUGGAGACGCUGCGCUAUGCGGAAAAGUCGACAAAGGCGCAACAGUACAAAGAUUUCUUGAAGAAUAUGAAGGACAAAGUGAAGGGAGGCGGAAAGGGUGUGAAGAAUGCUUAUCAGAACAUCAAGACCAAGUACCAGAUGACCUACCCGUCGAAUUUCUAUCACCACAAGACGCACAACUCAACGGAAUCCGUGGAUUUCUCGCCAUAUGAGACACUGUCUCUGUCGCCAGGAUCACGGAGUCACUCGAAUGCCUUCUCGCCAAGCCUUACGCGAUCGGACAGCGACUAUUGCAAUCGGAAUAAGACAACAAACUCCUCAUCAUCAGCCUCAUCGUCAGACAUGAAUCUCCUGCAGGAGUUGCAGGAUCACGCAUUCUUUAAGGCCACCGGCUCGAGGCGGGAAUCAUCAAGCACUGAUUUGCUCCAUCUCAACGACGAUGAUCAGACAACGGUGGUGAGCAGAAAUCACAGGAGCGCCAACAAUGACUUAGACUUCCUGCUCUCGACAGAUGACAGAUCUGUGGCCGAGACAUCAUCAUCCGUGUCGGGAUUUGCGAAUCCACUUUACCCAUAUUUUAUACCAAAAUCAUCCGAUUCACCCCAACAAGCGUCACCGUCGCACACGACGGAGGAAUUGGAACUGCUGAGGCAGUAUGGCCUCGAUAAAUUCUCCUAGAUUAGGUAUAUGCAAUGCUUAGGGAAGAAAAAUGAUUAAAGACUCGCUUCUCUUUGUCCCUUUUUUUUUGAAACACUUAUCGGAAAAAUAUAUUUCUCUAAAAUUUCCUCAUUACAAUUUUUUAUCCAUCUUUAUAUAGUUGUAACACUUCCACAAAAAAACAUGCAGUCAUAAAUAGUCUGAUCGACAAAAUGCUAAAAAAAAUUGGUCAUUUUCUGCUAACAACAAACAGUUUUUUGAAUAUUGUCCAAAGAGUUAUCAUAAUGUUUUACGGUGCUACUUUCAAUGAAUAUCUCUCUCUCUCUCAA